AUGUCCGUUGCGUUGAGAUACUACAACCUUCCUCUCCCAACACAUCCAGGAUUUUAUGAAAAGGUUACUCGUAUCUAUUUGGAUCAAAAGUCUCGUCUUUUGCGUUUCGAGUGCAAGCAGAAAUCCUACGACCAAGUUUGUCAAGUUGUACCCAAGUCUCCCGAACUUGUUGAGACUUCUUUUGAUACCACCAAAAACCAGAUCAGUGAUUCUUCUGAAAUAAGGUUUGAUAAAAACGAUAAGAAGCGCUACUGGACCGAAAAAGAAAAGAUAGCAUUCGAGAAAAUAGUCAAAUUCUUCAAUUACACUUCUCCUAAAGGUAUGAACAACUGUUUGAUUGCUGCUUUUGUUAAAACGAGAACAACAGCACAAGUAAGGUCGCACGCUCAGAAAUUCUUUUUGAAAAAGAACCAAGUGCUAAUUGAGCCAACUGAAGACGAUGUUCAAAAAAUUAAAAAUUUACUUAAAUCAGCUAAAUUCGCAAAAAGAGGAAUGUCUAUCAAAAACUUGGAUUAA